AUGAGGUGCGUCCUGCGCCCGCUGACGACGCCUGUCCGCCCUCAGCACACGUCUCCAAAUCACAGCGCCGCGUCUCCCUGGCCGAGUGCAUGGCCGACAUGUCGUCCUCGCUGCACUUCAACGUUUCGCCCCAGCACCAUUGCUGAGCUGCUGAGGCCCUCUGCACACUCACCCUCUGCACGCCAGCCUCUCCCGGAUGGUGCCACCCUGACGGUCAACGGCUAUGUGCGCACUGUGCGCAAGCAGAAGCGAAUUGCCUUUGCCGCCAUUGGAGACGGCUCGACCUUGCGCACCGUCCAGGCCGUCCUCCCUCCCCAGCUAGCAGAAGGGCUCUCGACCGGCGUCGCAGUCACAGCCACCGGCAAAUGGACGCCUUCACCAGGCCAGGGGCAGUCUCAUGAGCUCCAGGUCACUGAUGUGCGCAUAUUGGGAGACAACGAUGCCACCACCUACCCAAUACAGAAAAAGUUCCAGACCGCAGAGUUUCUUCGCACUCUCCCGCAUCUGCGAAGUCGACUGCCGUUCAACUCGCUUAUCCUGCGGUUGAGGUCUCUAGUCACAGCUCAAGUAACAAACCACUUUGCGAAACACGACUUCGUCCAAUGUCAUCCGCCAAUCAUUACGUCUUCGGAUUGCGAGGGCGCAGGCGAGGUCUUCACUGUGGCGCCCGAAGCACCAUCUGCACAUGAUCAAAUCUCCGCCAACAAGGCUAAUCCCCAUCAAGACUUCUUUUUUGGUUCUCCAAAGUACCUGACAGUCUCGAGCCAGCUCCACCUUGAGGCUCUGGCUCAGUCAGUGAACAAGGUCUGGACUUUGUCCCCCACGUUCCGUGCCGAAAAGAGUGAUACGGCCCGUCAUCUUAGUGAGUUUUACAUGCUAGAAGCCGAAAUGGCCUUUGUCGACGAUUUCAAUGUUGUCAUGGACACGGUAGAGGACAUGUUGCGCUCCAUUGCUUCUGAGCUGCAAACCUCGGCUGUAGGCCAGGAGCUCCUUGAAGCGCGGGCGCGGGAUCAGGAACAAGAGAGCGCAUCUGUGUCGCAUGAUGCGCUCGCACAACGGUGGCAGGGGUUGAUAGCCGGGCCGUGGCCAAGGAUUACCUACAAAGCCGCCGUACAGCACCUCCAGGACGCUAUAUCUCAGGGCAAGGCCGAAUUUGAGUACGCGCCUGGCCAUGAAGACGGCCUCCAGACCGAACACGAACGUUUCCUGGCCGAAAGUAUAGGCAACGGCGGGCCCGUUUUCGUCACUGACUACCCACGUAACAUCAAGCCAUUCUACAUGGCGCCAUCGACGGGCGCAACAGCUGAUGGUGGCGCAGCAUCAACAGUCGCGUGCUUCGACUUACUUGUACCCGAGAUUUGUGAGCUUGUGGGGGGCUCGAUGCGCGAACACAGGCUGCCUGAUCUUGUCCAGUCCAUGGAGGCCCACGGCCUCCGACACACGACUGACGAGUCGACCGACGCAUCAGACGGUUCCCUACAGUGCUAUGAAGCACUCCCACCAAAUUUCUCCCUCACGGCAAACAUGCUCGCAGGCGCCUUUGCGGGUGUCGCCGAACACUCAGUCAUGUACCCGGUAGAUUUGCUCAAGACCAGAAUGCAAAUCGUCAACCCCUCGCCAAGCGCCAUGUAUAGUGGUAUUUCCAACGCCAUGGUCACCAUAUCCCGAGCCGAAGGGUUCUGGUCGUUAUGGAGAGGAUUGUCUAGUGUUGUAAUGGGCGCGGGCCCCGCGCAUGCUGUCUAUUUUGCAUCGUACGAGGCCACGAAGCAUGCUCUCGGCGGAAACGAAGGAGAGAGCCACGAACACCACCCCCUUGCAGCAGCUGCUAGCGGUGCCGCAGCCACCAUUUCCAGCGAUGCAUUGAUGAAUCCGUUUGACGUCAUAAAACAACGCAUGCAAAUGCACGGCUCGAUAUACAAGUCUGUCCCGCAAUGCGCCCGCGAGGUCCUCCGCACAGAGGGCAUUGGCGCAUUCUAUGUUUCCUACCCCACAACACUAUGCAUGACGGUUCCCUUCACAGCCCUGCAAUUCAUGGCAUACGAAUCUCUCUCCAAAGUCAUGAACCCUACCGGCCGAUACGAUCCCUAUACACAUUGCUUUGCGGGCGGUGUUGCAGGUGGAUUUGCAGCAGGCCUUACCACACCACUCGAUGUUAUCAAGACGCUAUUACAAACGCGAGGAAAUGCCAGGGAUGUAGAACUGAAGAACGUCUCGGGUCUGGUGCAAGCUGCAAAAAUCAUCCACCAAAGAGAAGGUUAUAGAGGAUAUUUCCGUGGCUUGAAGCCUCGAAUCAUCACCACGAUGCCCAGCACUGCCAUUUGCUGGUCUGCAUACGAGAUGGCAAAGGCCUUCUUUAUUCGGAGAAGUACGAACUCGUCCACGGCUAUAUAA